AUGGCAGGCCCCGGUUUGCUGUGGGCUGUCGUGGUCUCCACCUAUCUUGGAUCCAGUGUGGCCCAGAUGGUCACUCAGCCUCAACCAGAAGUGUCUGUGCAAGAGGCAGACACAGUGACCCUGGACUGUACAUAUAGCACUAGUGAGAGUGAUUAUUAUUUGUUGUGGUACAAACAGCCUCCCAGCGGGGAGAUGAUUUUCAUUAUUCUCCAAGAAGCUUACAAGCAACAGAAUGCAACCAACAGUCGCUACUCUGUGAACUUCCAGAAAGAAGCCAAAUCCUUCAGCCUCAGGAUCUCAGACUCCCAGCUGGAGGAUGCUGCAAUGUAUUUCUGUGCUUACAGAGCCCUGAAGUCUAACUAUCAGUUGAUCUGGGGCUCUGGGACCAAGCUAAUUAUAAAGCCAGAUAUCCAGAACCCCGACCCUGCCGUGUACCAGCUGAGAAGGCCCAAAUCCAGCAACACCUCCGUCUGCUUAUACACCGAUUUUGAAUCUCAAGCCAAUGUGUCACAAGUCACGAGGAGGCCCAUGGUGUAUAGCUCAGACAGCACCGUGCUGGACAUGGGAGCCGUGGGUUCCAAGAGCAACGGGGUCGUGGCUUGGGACAGCAGGACCGAUGUGGGAUGCGAAGACACCUUCAACCAGUCCUUCUACUCCAACUCAGGAAUUCCCUGUGAUACCAAGAUAGUAGAGAAAAGUUUUGAAACAGAUAUGAACCUAAACUUCCGAAACUUGUCAGUGAUCGGGUUCCGCGUCCUCCUCCUGAAAGUGGUCGGGUACAACCUGCUCAUGACGCUGCGGCUGUGGUCCAGCUGAGGUCUCCAAGAACGUGAGAGCCCCGUGCUCCCUCUCCCCUUGUUCCUUGUCGCCCCUCCUCUCCCUCUUCAAGCAGAGAGGUGCACUCUCUGCCCCCGUGGACAAGAAGGCUCCCUCCACCUCUCUGGCCCCACUGGC